AGGGAAGUGUAGGCCGCAUGUGCGCUGUUCUGUCAUCCAGACACAAGCCACGCACCAAAUUUACCACUUCAUCACGUUUUUAGACAUUAAUUAGUUAAUAAAGUCGACGAAAAUGCCGAAGAAGUCUAAAGAAGUGGCGGAGUGGGAGGGAGAUGAUGAACCACAGGCAGAAAAAGUUGUCAAGAAAGGAAAGAAAGACAAGAAGGGGAAGAAGAGCUUUUUUGAUGAGCUGUCCUCGGAAACUAAGGCAGAGAAGGUGGAAGAGGCAGCAGUGAAAGAGACACAAGGAAAGCAGCCUCAAAAGAAGAAGAAAGACCGGCGGAAAGGGAAAGCUGGGGACGAGGAGGAGGAUGACGAAGACGUCAUGCAGCGACUCAAGAAACUGUCCGUCCAGCCCAGCGAUGAGGAGGAGGAAGAAGUCAUCGCAGCUCCUGUGAAAGGAGGAAAGAGAAACAAGGGUGGCAACAUAUUCGCUGCUCUCAGCCAGGGUCAGAGUGAUGACGAGGACGAUGCAGACGGUGAUGACGAUGACGACGACGAUGAUGAUAAACCAAAAAAUAAGAAAAACUCUAAGGAGGUUGCCAGAGGAAAGAAAAAUGAUAAGACUAAGAAACCUAAGGCAUCUGAUGAUGAACCUGAUGAGGAACUGGAGAAGAAGGAUGAGAGUGAGAAGAAGGGGGUGAUGAAGAAGAACAAGAAAACAGGUGGUAAAGCAUCCAAGGAGGAAGAUGAGGAGAAGGAGGAAAAGCCUCAGAAGGCUACCGGAAAGAAAGAACAGCCAAAGAAAGGCAAGCCUGCUCGCCAACCUCCGAGUGAGGAUGAGGAAGAGGAAGCGAAAAGUGAUGACAAUGACACCAUGAGGAGUGCAGAGGACACUCUUGUGGAGCAGAGCAAAGGACAGGAGGAAGAUCCCUAUGCCAACCUGAGUAAAAAGGAGAAGAAGAAGAAAAAGAAGAUGUUGGAGUACGAGCGGCAGGUGGCCAGUGUCCGUGCUCAGAACGCCACAGAGGGAGAUUUCUCAGUGUCUCAGGCUGAGCUGUCUUCAAGGCAAGCCAUGUUGGAAAACGCCUCUGAUAUAAAGCUGGAGAGAUUCAGCAUCUCGGCUCAUGGGAAAGAGCUUUUUGUCAACGCUGAUCUUCUGAUUGUAGCUGGUCGCCGCUACGGUCUGGUUGGACCAAACGGGAAAGGAAAGACCACCUUACUGAAGCACAUUUCCAACAGAGCUCUGAGCAUUCCUCCCAAUAUUGAUGUGCUGCUCUGUGAACAAGAGGUGGUCGCUGAUGACACUCCGGCCGUGCAGGCUGUGCUGAAGGCAGACACGCGGCGUCUGAAGUUACUGGAGGAGGAGAAGAGGCUGCAGGUUUUGCUUGAGAAGGGAGAAGACAGUGUCUCUGAGAGAUUGGAGAAGGUGUAUGAGGAGCUCAGAGCCAUCGGAGCAGCGGCAGCAGAGGCCAAGGCUCGCAGGAUCCUGGCUGGUUUGGGCUUCACCCCUGAAAUGCAGAACAGACCGACUAAGAAGUUUUCAGGUGGCUGGAGAAUGAGAGUAUCACUCGCCAGAGCUCUGUUCAUGGAGCCUACCCUGCUGAUGUUGGACGAGCCAACGAACCACCUCGACCUCAAUGCUGUCAUCUGGCUCAACAACUACCUGCAAAGCUGGAAGAAGACCCUACUGAUUGUGUCCCAUGACCAGAGUUUCUUAGACGAUGUCUGUACAGAUAUCAUUCACCUGGACAACCAGAAACUCUAUUACUACAGGGGCAACUACUUGGCGUUUAAGAAGAUGUACGUGCAGAAGCAAAAGGAGCUCCUGAAGCAAUACGAGAAACAAGAGAAAAAGCUGAAGGAGCUGAAAGCUGGAGGCAAAUCCACUAAACAAGCUGAGAAACAAACAAAGGAGGCGCUGACGAGGAAACAGCAGAAAGGCAAGAAAAAGGGACAGGAAGAGGAAAGCCAUGAAGCCCCAGAGCUCCUGAAAAGACCGAAAGAAUACACUGUGAAAUUCACUUUUCCAAACCCACCACCUCUCUCUCCACCCAUUCUCGGCCUCCACAGUGUGGACUUUGCCUACACGGGUCAGAAGCCUCUGUUCAAAAAUGUUGACUUUGGUAUUGAUAUGGAGUCUCGAAUUUGUAUAGUUGGACCAAAUGGUGUUGGAAAGAGUACACUCCUACUUCUGUUGACAGGGAAAUUGACUCCUACCAAAGGCGAGAUGAGGAUGAAUCACCGCUUGAAAGUGGGAUUCUUCAACCAGCAGUAUGCUGAUCAGCUGAACAUGGAGGAAGCUGCUACUGAGUAUCUGCAGAGGAAUUUCAAUCUGCCAUACCAGGACAGCAGGAAGUGUCUCGGCCGCUUCGGGCUAGAGAGCCACGCGCACACUAUCCAGAUUUCUAAACUCUCUGGUGGCCAGAAAGCAAGAGUAGUAUUCGCCGAACUUUCUUGUCGCCAACCAGACGUCCUGAUUUUGGAUGAGCCCACCAACAACCUCGACAUCGAGUCAAUCGAUGCUUUAUCAGAAGCCAUCAAUGAAUACAAAGGAGCUGUGAUCAUUGUGAGUCACGAUGCUCGCUUGAUCACUGAGACUCAGUGCCAGCUGUGGGUGGUGGAAGACCGGACAAUAAAUCAGAUUGAUGGAGACUUCGAAGACUACAAGAGAGAAGUACUGGAGGCUCUCGGAGAAACGCUGGUUAAUAAGCAGAAGGAGUGAACAUGUGAGAAGGGGCUGCUUCAUUUCCAGUGCCAUAAUUUACUCACAAGAAUCCUGGUGCUUCAGUCUCGUAACCAACAAUGCAAGUUGGUCAUUAAGCACCCCAAUGUGAUGCAGAGUAACUGGUUUCUGGACUUUUUUUUUUUUUUAAAUAAAACUGAUUGAGAGUUGUGCAGGCUGACUUAAUUGUGGUGAUUGAUUUUUAAAAUGUGUGAGUGUCAGCUUUUUCAGGAAAUACAGAUUCGCAGUUUCACCAGUACUUAACCUACAUAGUGUUUUUCUAAAUGACCUGCAGUAGGGCUGCAUGAUAUUAAUAUCACAAUGUCAUUAUGAUUUGCCCUGCAUUAGCUUGUCACAUCCACUGCACUAUCAAAAGCCCACCACAAACAUUAUCUGGAAUCUUAAUCAGGAUAUUCCCAGUACACACUUAAGUCUUCGGGCUUUUACAGUAUUGGCACUCAGUACUGCCCAGGCCAAAAUAUUAGCGUUUUAUAUAUUGUGCAGCCUUAAUCUGCAGUAUAGCUGUACGAGUCUGGUUUGUAUGUAGAAAACAGAUCAAUGCAAACAUUUAAACACUUAUUUCUGCAUCUAUGUAUUGAUAGAAUACAAAAAUAAAUGAAUUUUGCAGGA